ACUUCCGCUUUCAAAAUGAGGCACUGACGUCACGCGUAGUUACAUAGCGAAGCCGUAGAUCUCCAUUCAAGAAAAUGGGUUUACUGAGUCUACUGAGGAAGCUGAAAAGUUCCAAAUCAGAAGAGUUAAGAAUCUUGCUUCUUGGAUUAGACAAUUCUGGCAAGACAACACUACUUAAGCAGUUGGCAAACGAAGGGCAAGAACUCAAGAAUGUUGCCCCAACACAGGGUUUCAAUAUUAAAUCGGUUCAAGCAGCAGGUUUUCAGCUAAACGUAUGGGAUAUAGGAGGACAAAGGAGAAUUAGACCCUACUGGAGGAAUUACUUCGACAAUACAGAUGUAUUAAUAUAUGUAAUAGACAGCAGUGACAGAAAACGACUGGAUGAAAGUGGAACUGAACUGGAGGAGUUGCUUGAAGAAGAGAAACUGAGAGGUGUUCCUGUGUUGAUAUUUGCAAAUAAACAAGAUUUGUCUAAUAGUUGUAAUGCUGAUGAAAUCAGUAGAAACUUAUGUCUUACAACAAUAAGGGACAGGACAUGGCAUAUCCAACCUUGUUCUGCCAAGACUGAAGAAGGUGUAAAGGAAGGUAUUGCAUGGAUAUCAAGUGCUAUCAAGAAUAAAAACCAGAAGAAGUAGUUUUAACAGGGAACAGUAAUCACACACAAGACAUGUUGGAUGACCUUGGCGUCAGGGAAAUCUUUAUACUAUAUCCUCUUGGACAGGCAUGUAUCUGUUCAAGUACGCAACAUUCUACAAGGUUGGGACCAACGGCUUUUAGAUCUUAUGAUAUGGUAAUCUUGCUGUUACCACAUCUUGCUAUUGGGUUUAUGAAUAACUCAAAGUGAAGCAAGAGCAGCUGACCUUCAAAAGACAUUGAAUGGUUACAACAUAUAUGUCGCAGAAAGCCACAAGAGGAUAACAACACAGCUUAUUAGACGGUGCAUCCAUAUCAAAUCUUUCUGUUAGCAGUGUAUUUGACUUUUUAUUGUGGAGUUGGAUUAUUUGUUAUAUUUUCAUUCCAAAAAAUAUAAAAAAAAAAUCCUGCUGUUUUUUGGUGGUUUUUUUUCUCAAUUGCUACUGUACAUGUUUUCAUAAGACAAUGAAAGGUUCCUUUAUUGUUUUGUAAAAAAACAAUUUGUAGUAUUGAAAUGUAAAUCAAAAUUAGCUAAUAAGAUUUAGUUGUUAUGCAAUAUCUACGUUGAUUUUUUUUAUAUUUGAAAUAAAUAAUUUUUUGAAAUAAAGUACAUAAAAGUAUAAAGAACAUGUACAUAAUGAUCUGAAGAAACCAUGGUAAUUGAUGGUUAUGUUUCACAAUAUAGAUCACCACACUGUGGAUAGUUUAUUUCAUGAGACUGUUGUGAGUUGGGUAAGCCUGCAAUUUCUACUGUUACUGUUAACUUGAUGUUCAUUAUAAUUCUAGUUAUUUAACCCUUUCACCCCUAUGUAACUUUGAUAAACUCUACCAUGCAUUGAUCUGGAUUUGUCCAUUAUGGUCAACAAUGGUGAAAGGGUUAAUAAUUUACCAGCAACAGAUACUUAUCAUCACAGAAUUUACCAGAAUGUUGUAACGUUUUCCGUCCACAUCAGCAUAAAUCACUCUAAUAUCAAUGUAUCAUGGAAAUAUAUCAAUCAGUCAUGGAGAAAUGUCACCACGAUUUAUCUGGUGUGAUGCUAGCCAGAAACGUAGGUAUAAUCUCCUUCAUUUUAAUAAAACAAAAAUGAUUACUUUGUGUCCUGACAUUGUCACAUGGAAAUUAAUGUUAAUCAUAAUAUUAAGUUUUCGUAGUUUCUGUGGUUGAAGAUCGUUAUUAACGGUACUUGGUAUAAUGAUAAAAAUAGAUCCCUGAAGGAUCCCUGUUGCACUGCCAAAAGUUGUCAUUAUAAAUCGGAAACUUUUUUACUGGCAUGACAAUCAUUUUAAUAAAUCAUUUCUAAAAAAAAUCUUGUUUAUGAAAAUAUAAUAAUAAAAAUGUAUUUUCAAUAAAUGAGGUGUUCUGAGAGUAAAAUUGAAAUCGCUCCAGACCAGAUUUUGAAACCUUGACCUCUGAUGACAAUACCGUUGCUUUUACCAACAACGCUUCUUGAUCAGUGAUUUUAGUUCCGGGGUACUGGUCCCCGGGUACAGUUAUAUCUGAAACAAAAUUAAAGGGAAGUUAUAACUCAUGUAUGAAUAAUUAGGGGGAAUAAUAUUUUGCCUGCAGCAGGACAGGGAUCCUUAACUCUUUCACCCCUGAAGACACAUUUGAACUCCUCCAAUUCAAAGGUUGGAAUAGUUCAUUUUGAAAUUUCAGGGGUGAAUGAGCUAAUAUUUGAUGGUAUUCUGUGAUCCUCUCGUGUUUGGAUUUCAGUUUUUGUCUUUUUGUUAUUCCUUUGACUUCAUCCAGUGGUAUCACAAAUUAAAAACAACUAUCAUUGCAAAUGUUUGCAAUUUUGAAUGUUUUGAAACUGUUAUGUCUGUCAUCACAAUUCAAAAUAGCUAGAUAAGCGAUCUUUAUUUAACUUACACUUAAACAAUAUUCUGUGAAGUUUAAACUGGAGCACAAACAAUGUACCUCCACAAUUUUUUUGUAUUUCGUAUUUUUUCCCAUUAAUUUAAUCACAAAACUUACAUAAUAACACAUAUGCAUUAAAUAUAACAGAGAAAUUACAAUAUAUGGAAGUGUUGCUUUUCAUGAUUGCAUAUUUAACAAUUGCUAAAUCAUAGAUAUAUAUGUAUAUAUAUAAAUUAACACGUUAAAAUAAUCAUGAAAUCACUAUUGCUCUGUAAAGAAAAUGUUUAGACUUGAUCCUUUUUUGUAUCCAACUCUAUUUAUUUUGUUGAUUUGUCCUAGUUAACUAUCUGUACAUGUGUGUGUGUGUGACUGACUACAGCUAUACAUGUUACUACUCAUUUAUUUCAAUCAUUGUGUUAUAACUUCCUUGUCCGUUCUUCUCAUCUUCAGUGUGUUAAGUCUGUUUUACCAUACAUUUUAUCUGUGUACAGUAAUACCCAGGCAUACUUGUACUACAUUAUUUUACAUAAGAAUCACUUUAAAAGCAUUAGUCAUUUUCCAAAAACGAAAUUGUUCUGGACAACUAUUUUUACAAAAAGAUAGGUUAAUGAUAUUGAAACACAAUACAUUGAAAGAAAGACCUAUUCUCAGUUUGUGGGUCAAUGUAAUUAAUUGUAAAUUACAUUGAAGACUAUGCUCCUUUCUGAGUCAGUGUAAUUAAUUAAAAAUGACACUGAAGAAAAUGCACCUUUCUUGGUCAGUGUAAUUAAUUAAAAAUGACACUGAAGAAAAUGCACCUUUCUUGGUCAGUGUAAUUAAUUGUAAAUUACACUGAAGAGAAUGCUCAUUUCUUGGUCAGUGUAAUUAAUUGUAAAUUACACUGAAGAGAAUACUUCUUUUUGGGUCAGUGUAAUUAAUUGUAAAUUACACAGAAGACGAUGCUCUUCGCUCUUUUCUGGGUCAGUGUAAUUGAUUUUACUGAGGUAAUAUUACUUUUCUUUCUUGGUCAGUGUUACUCGUUAUUAUCAAUGCUACUUGAGAGGUAUGAGGGAAGCAGUGUUAUUGAUCAUGUUGUGGUAAAAUGUCCGUCCAAUUGUUUACGCUAAUAACAACAUAUCCUUGAACUAGUGUCUUUUCUUAGUUGUAAUUAUUCUCAAUUUUCAUGUUAUUUAAAUGUUUAUAAUGAUAUGCAGAAACCACUAUGUGCUAGACUUGUAAGCCCUUUCCAUCCCUUUGUCUUCACAAUUAGGAAUUUUGAAGGCCAAUAGAAAUUUUACAGAGGAAAAUGCGAAGGAUAUUAAAAAGUGCAUCUUACAGUUUGGAAGAGAGUUCAAUGUAAAAGUAAUCGUGAUUGUCUCUUUCCUCUUUUUGUUGUGAAUCUAUUUUAUUUGUCAACUUAAUAUCUGUGUCUAAACAUACAUUGUAUAUCAACAUAUGAAUGAAUAUGACUUUGGUUAGUGAUUUCAAUUUUGUAGAGUCAGAAAUAUGAGGUGAAUUCCAGUUUCUACCACAAGAUCAUUGCAGUUUAUUCAAUAAAAAGCUUUUCACAUCUUCAAUAAACGUUCUGUGUUCGACAAUUAAAAGUUCAGGGUUUGACAAAUUUUACAUAGAAACAUUAAGGUACACAAUAGAUUUCAUCAUGUAUUUGGAAAUUUUCAACCGCAAAAAAAAGAAACAUCCAGCAAAUCUGUCAUUGUCAGAACAAAACAUGUAUUGAUAAUUUUUAAGGAAAGUUAAUACACAAAUUCUCAUCUAAUGGGUUUUGCAGCAGAUGGAGUAUUUGGUCAGUUUAAUAUGCAUGAUUAGGACGGACUUGUCAUUAUACAAAAUAUUGAAUUGUUUUGAUAUAUUGAUAUCUUAAUGUGAGAUUCCUUUAUGUGUAACAUUUUAUGUAACAAAGAAAAUAAAAAAUCUUUUCGAGAAGACAACCUU